UCUCUCUCUCUGUAUGUAGUACCUCCCAUGCCCUUUCACUUGAGAGACACCCUAUGGGGAAGGUGGCAGCCUAUUAAGGGCUGUACGCUUUUCUCGGCGCGCGGAGGCGGCAGGCAAAUGCUUCGCGCUGCAAGGGGCCCGCUGCUCUUAAGCCGCUCUGUCAGGAAAGUACAGGAGUUCAACCCAGGCCUUCUGCAGUUAUACAUGGAUCACCGAACACCACACAGUGAUCACAAUUAAUUGAGCUAUGUUGUUUUAUUCUGAAGAUGUUAAUGAGCACCCAUUCAGAGGGACCAGAUUUGAAUUGCAUGCCAAGAAGAAAAGGAUGAAUUCAUAAUAAAAUGACUAGACUGGGCCACAGCAACGCGUGACAGGGGGCGGCUAGUGCAUUAAUAUGUAUUUAAAGAAACAGGUGCACGCCCAAUAGCACUCCAUCCGCUCGCAGUCCUGGGUGAAGGCGAGCGCCUCGGGCUCCCCCUGGCGGCGAGUGGGGGAACCUCCCGAGGCCAGAGAGCGGCUCUGUGGGCUCCUUCCAGGACUGACCCAGGAUCGCAGAGGCGGAAAAUCCCCGGCCUUCGCCGCUUCUGCGUGCCUGGAGGGAGCGGGGUCUUCUCCACUCCUGAUCAAUUCCACCUCAAGGUAUACGGCACAUCUUUAAUCAACCCAUGAAGUACAUCCUAGUAACUGGUGGUGUCAUCUCAGGCAUCGGUAAAGGAAUUAUUGCAAGCAGCAUAGGUACAAUCUUGAAGUCAUGUGGUUUACGAGUUACUGCAAUCAAAAUAGAUCCAUACAUCAACAUCGAUGCUGGAACCUUUUCACCUUACGAGCAUGGUGAAGUGUUUGUUCUAAAUGAUGGAGGAGAAGUUGACUUGGACCUGGGAAACUAUGAAAGGUUCUUGGACAUCAACCUUUAUAAGGAUAAUAACAUCACCACUGGAAAAAUCUACCAGCAUGUCAUCAAUAAAGAGAGGCAUGGUGAUUACUUGGGAAAAACAGUUCAAGUUGUCCCACAUAUUACUGAUGCUGUUCAAGAAUGGGUAAUGAAUCAGGCAAAAGUCCCUGUGGAUGGUGAUAAGAAAGAACCACAGAUAUGUGUAAUUGAACUGGGUGGCACAAUUGGAGAUAUUGAAGGAAUGCCAUUUGUAGAAGCUUUCCGACAAUUUCAGUUUAAAGCCAAGCGGGAGAACUUCUGCAAUAUCCAUGUUAGCCUUGUACCACAGCCUAAUGCUACUGGAGAACAGAAGACAAAACCAACUCAGAAUAGUGUUCGGGCUUUAAGAGGUCUUGGAUUGUCUCCUGACUUGAUAGUUUGCAGAAGUACAAAACCUAUAGAAAUGGCUGUGAAAGAAAAGAUAUCCAUGUUUUGUCAUGUGGAACCUGAACAGGUAAUAUUCAUCCAUGAUGUUUCGUCCACUUACCGGGUGCCAAUUCUUUUGGAAGAACAAGGCAUCAUUAAAUACUUUAAAGACAGACUAAACCUUCCAAUCGAUGACCGACCGAGUGAACAGCUUUUCAAAUGGAAAAGAAUAGCAGAUAGAUAUGAGAGGAUGCUGAAGACAUGUUCUGUAGCACUGGUUGGCAAAUAUACAAAACUGAGUGAUUGCUAUGUCUCAGUUUUCAAGGCUUUGGAACAUUCAGCUCUAGCAAUAAACCACAGGCUCAAUUUAAUGUACAUAGACUCAGCAGACCUUGAACAUGGCAUGGAAGCUGAGAAUCCAGUGAAAUUUCAUCAAGCCUGGCAAAAACUGUGCAAAGCAGAUUGUGUGUUAGUUCCUGGAGGCUUUGGACACAGGGGUACUGAAGGGAAACUUCAAGCCAUUUCCUGGGCAAGGAAGAAGAAAAAGCCUUUUCUUGGAGUUUGUUUGGGAAUGCAGCUGGCAGUAGUGGAGUUUGCAAGGAAUUGUUUAAACUGGCAAGAUGCAAAUUCUACUGAAUUUGAUUCAAAUACGAAGAAUCCUGUUGUCAUUGAUAUGCCUGAACACAAUCCUGGAGAUAUGGGAGGAACAAUGAGACUAGGGAAAAGAAAAACCAUCUUUAAGACAGAAGAUUCUGUCCUAAGAAAACUCUAUGGUGAUCAGAGUUUUAUAGAAGAACGGCACAGACAUCGCUAUGAGGUAAAUCCGGAGUUGAUUCUCUUCUUUGAAGAGAAAGGCUUGACAUUUGUUGGCCAUGACACUGAAGGAAAGCGAAUGGAGAUCAUUGAACUGGAUGAUCAUCCAUAUUUUAUUGGUGUCCAGUUCCAUCCAGAAUUUUCCUCAAGACCCAUGAAGCCCUCACCUCCUUAUCUGGGUCUCUUGCUUGCAGCAACAGGUUCACUCAGUGCAUACUUGCAACGUGGAUGUAAAUUGUCUCCUAGUGACAGCUACAGCGACCUCAGUGAUGACAGUUUUCCAGAAAAAGAUCUUCCAGAAUCAGAGGCAAGAUAAAUAUUCUUCAAAAGAAAAAAGGGGAACACAGACUAGACAGGAUUCUACCUUUAACCUCAUUUGUAUAAACUUAGGACAGUCUUUGGUGCAAUACAGGGACAGACCGCAUCGGAGGGUCCAGAGAUCUUUUCUGUCCGUGACACACACACACCCAAGUUUCAAAAAUGACAAAUUGUACUGUUUAGUAGUGCAGUAUUGCAUUAUUUUUUUCAUGUCUCUGAUAUCCUUAUUAUUAUCAUCUCAUUACAAACAGUCUCUUGUGGGCUGCUUCUUUGGAUAUCUCUUUGGAGAGGAGUGACAAAACUUGAUGAACAAAUAAAAUGCUUAUUGCAGAAGAAGUUGUAUAUUUUAAUUUGCUAUAUUAAGAGAUAACCAUGUGAAAAAAAUCUGCAGAAGUUAUCCUGUAGCUGAGUUGCUUUUUUUUAAUGAUUCUCCUCCUCUAAAUAAAAUAUUUGUAAAUAUAUGCUUUGAUUCUUUUACAGACUGGAUAAGAAAAUCUCUAGUUUUUAGUGUUCAGGUCAGUAGAUCAUAUAUAAGUAAAAAAAACAAGAGGUUGGGAGGCGGUUUGAUUCUCUGUAUAUGCUCUGAAAAAAUUGUUGUAUUAUAUGCCUUGGUGGUUAUGGAAAUUAAUAGUAUACUUGACUCACUGAAUGCUUGUUACCAAAUAUUAAUUAUUGUCAUCUCAUAUGGGUCAGAUUUUUUUGAAACAAUUUAAUUUUAAAUUGGAUUUUUAAAUGUAUUAAAGCACAUGUAUUUUUAUCAUAUCACAUUUAUACUGGGCUAGCAAAUGUGAUUAAAAUAUUUUCAGAUUAAAAAAAA